GCCCCUUUUCAAAUACAGUUUUCCUCAGUGUCUGUCAGUGCCUGUGUUUGUGUUUGUGUGUGUGUGUGUUAUCACUGCAGUAGUGGUCCCUCCUCUUAACAGACAACUUGCAUUAGGACGACGUCUUACCCACACUGCAGGUGGUCUGUGAAAAACACCAGGCUACAAGGUAAGGAUAAAGAACUAUGUUUUAUUGACAUUAGAAAUAAUUCAGGAUUCCAUUAUCAUGCACCAUGUUCCCUCAAGGACUUAUGUUAAAUACAAACACAUGAAUAUUCCAACACAACUCUGAAAAUCAGAGUGUGUGUCCUCUGUGAGAAGAGUUCAUGCAGGAGAAUCAUUUUCUGACCAGCUGUCAUGCAUGAAAACUAUUUCCAGAGACAUGUUUUAGUUUCUGAAAAUGUAAAAACUGUUCUAACAUCAGUGAGGUUUUUAUUUCUUCAUUAAGAAAUGACGUUAUGCCUCAUCUCUCUGUGUGAAUGCAGGCAGAUGGCCCUGACUCUGGCAGACAGAGCAGUGGGGGCCGUUAUUGGGGCUGCUGCGGCAGAUGCAGCAGGUAAGAUAAAACUGUGAUACUGACAAGGAAGCAGAGUGAGUUUAAUACAGAAACACAGCUUUGAAUAUUUAAAAUUCUGCUCCUCAUAGAUCCCACAAUCCUGAAAAUGUACAAACUGAGAGUAUGUUUGAAGUAACUGUCAAACUUUAUGCUUUAUGUUGUUUAUAAUUGGAUUUCUCAAACUGAAACAUGACAGGUGCAAAUCUUUACAUCACACUAUUUGGUCUCAGACAGUUUUUACUUUUACAGCCUUUGUAUAAGUAAAUAUCUUUCACAGGUCCACCUAAAUACAAUGUUUUAGUCCACUAUUUUGCCGUAUCCAGGCUUGUAUUUUUCUUAAGGAUCAUCACAGAAUCCUUAUCAGCAUCCACAAGAACUCAUGCACAUGCACUGCACAUGCUGAUAAAGUUUAGGCAUGGUUGCAGCUUGUGUAACUCAUCCAUUUGACACUUAAUGUUAUGACAGCAAACUUUAAAUAGUGAACUUGAACUAUCUUAAAAGACCCUAGGAUAAUUCAAACUAAAUGCAAACGUUUCAGAUGUUUUAUUUAUUUAUAGUAUCUUAUUGCAUUAUGUCAAGUAGUUCUUACUUUUCCAAACAUGAUGUUUUAUUUAUUUAUUUAUUUUAUUAUUAUUAUUAUUAUUAUUAUUAUUAUUAUUAUUAUUAUUAUUAUUAUUAUUAUUUUAUUUUUUUUAUCAAAAAGAAGCCAUUCAGAGUUCUUUUAAAAGUUGUGAUCAUUAAGAUAGCUGCAGUUAGCAUUGUGUUGCUCAAAUAAGCCAGUAGAGGUGUGUUAAAAAUCACCCACUACUCACCAUGUGGUGCUCCAUCUAGAGACUUCACUAUAUUGUGGUGCAUUUUUACAGAAAUUGAGGAUCGUUUUAAUACAGGUUAAGGAAAUUCUAUGGAGUCAUGUGAGUUUUUUCCUGUGAUGGUGAUAACAGGAAGGAGACAAUGGACUGUUCCCAAAGACAAAUAGCUUAGUUGUGCAUGGAAUUUAUUGCAUGAACUUUUUUGUGAAAACCUCCCAGUAUAAUGCAAGUGAUUAAUAUAUUUAAUGCAGUCUUAAUGUUGAGUUAAUAGAGUUCCAUAACUUUUGAGGUAAAUGCUAAAAUCUAUUCUAUGUGAUUGAGAGUGAAGCCUUUUACCUGUCUAAAACUCCACCAAGCAUGUUGAUGUUAUACAUGUCCUAUUUAUUUAACUAAGAGUAGUCUUGUUUUAUUCCAGGCUCCCCCUCUGCAAGUUCAAAACACAUUUAUUUUCUUUUCCUGCUAUCUGUUAUCUACAGGCUGGUUAUGUCAAAUACAGAUAAACUACUGAAUGUUCCACUGCUUAUUUCUCUUUGUGUGUUUAUGUGUGUGUUACACUCAGCCCAGCCCAUGCACUGGAUCUAUAAUCCAGACCGGCUCAAAGAGGUCCUGUCUGAUCUGGAACCAUGUCCUGAGUUUCGUCCUCAGUCGGCGAAUCCUUUUUACCUCAGGCAGACGGGCGAGCAGACUUGUUAUGGGGACCAGGCGUAUGUCCUUUUAGAGUCUCUGAGCACCUGUGGAGGUAACAAAAUAAAAUAAUAACUAAAUAAAUAAGUAUUACUGUGCGUUAACAUACUAUAAUGUACUGUAUAAUUUGGUGCCCCAUUUCUUCAGGCUAUUCUGUAUCAUACCAUAGCACACCCUUUUGCAUCAUGUUAUACUGUCCAGUACAGUACUAUAUUGUACUGUGACAUACCAUAUACAGUAUAUAUGGGAAUUGUAGAGUCACCAAGUCAUCUCCAUGCCAUGUAUUUGUUCUGCUCAGUUACUGAACCAGGUGCCUUCACUAAUGAGCUCACCUUUCUGGCUGCUCAUUGGAAGCAGCUGGUUCAGUGACAGAGCAGAACAAAUACAUGGCAGGGAGAUGACUUGGUGACUCCACAAUUCCCAUCUCUGGUACGUCAUAGUACUUUUGUAUAGUAUGAUAAUGUAUUGCUCCAUAUGGUACUGUAUUUAGUCUAAUCCUUUUGCUUGGCUCCUCAUUCAAAAGAGGAUAAAGUUGCUAAACUAGUGUUACCUUAAUGUUGAACUUUCACAGGUUUCACUUCAAGUGAUCAAAGGUUUUGAAAAAAUACAAAAGAGAUGCGUCAUUUAUAUUUUCGAGUGCAGACAUUAUGAAAAACUUAAACUUGUAAACACAGUUCACAAUGAAAAAACAAAAUUACAAAACAUCUUGUUUUUGCAGAUGUUGACGUUGCAGAUUUGACCAAAAGUUUCUACAAGUUCUUUGGCCCAGGGACCGUGUAUGAUCUGCCACUGAAUGACCCAUACAGGAAGAAAGGAGGUACUGCAGUAACUCUGACCAACUCUGAUGUAACACCAAUAAUCAUGUCAAUUUUAUAACACCCGUAAAUCAUCAAUCUAACAGGCUGGAGAGGAUGUGAGAGUCUCAGUUUCUGUCUGAUAAAAAAAUACUGAACAUCAUGUUUUUCCUACCUGCUGAGGGGGAAAUCCCUCUCCAUAAAAAUACUCUGGUCAGUCAGACUUCCCUGUUCAUGGUUUGAGUCCAGAAGGAUGGAUGUCACAUAAACACAGAGCUGUUUUAAAUCACUAAAACAGCACAGGACACCUCUGGGUACAAUAAACUGUUCAGAGCAGUAAGUGCUGUGUCAUCAUCAGGACUGAGAGAGAGAGAAGAGCUCCACCUGCAGAAAGUAGACCUGCAGCAACAGACAGACAUCUAUUUGUCCCUUUAAUUUACAUACAUAUGUAUAUCUUUAUCCUCUUCAUGAGUAGGUCAUCUGUUCAUGAAGUUGUACAUUAAAAGAGCAUUUAUUCAUCUGUCAGGUCCAAAAGCUGUUCUCCCCAUUAAUGGCCCAUGGAGAAAUGGGAGCCUGAAAGCAUUCUUUAGAAAUGUGGACGCAGGAAAAGAAGAAACAGGUAGAGAUAACACAAAAAAAGUGCAUGAAAACACCCCCAGUUCAAUUUUUUCAAUCAUUUUAAUUACUUUGAAUGUGUGUUUGAGGUUGUGAUAAGGACUGUCAGAUGGAUGGCGUCACUAAGCUGGCUCCAGUCGUAGCCAUGUUUGCGGGUCAACCUGAAAUGUUGGAGAAGGUGGAGAAAGCCAUCAGAGUGACCCAGAACAACGACAUGUGUGUGGCUGUGACUCUGGCUGCAGCUAGGUAAACUUUCUCCCAAACACAAACACUCAUAAGGUUCAUUCAAGAGAGGUGGAAGUUAAGGAGGUUAACUUGUGUUUAUUUGUUUGUCUGACUGUAGGAUUUUGGAGCAUUUUAUCCUGAAUGGUUCUGAUCCUGGAGUUCUGGAUAAAGUUCUCGCUCAGUUAAAUGACCCAAACAGGCAGAACCCUCAGGAGCUGGACCGGGCCGUCAUUGGUGAGAAUGCCUGUAUCUUAGGUGGAAAUAAAAAUAAGGAAAACUUAAACAUGAAUAGCUGCUAAACAUCACUGUGGAAGGGGAUGUUUGGGACAACUCGUAUUGCUGACAUGAUCUGCCCCGAAGAGCCAGAGAAUAGACAUAUUUAGACCAUUUAAGCAAAUUUUAAAAGAUCUCAUAAAUUUUAGUGUUUCAUUGAUAAGAAUAUAAUGGACUCCAAAAUAGUUUGCUAUUAAUUUACUGUUGAGCCAAAGCAUCAAAUGGUGUAAAGGCCCUAAUGAACUCCUUUGCAAAGUUAUUAUUCUCUGUCAUGAGGGAUUCCCAACUUGGACAUACCUGAAGGUCCAGGAUUUUUGCAGGUGCAUCAGGCCGGGUGAAAACUUGGAUCAUUUGUGGAUGUCAAAUAUGGGCAGGGAGAACUGGUUUAGGAGCAGACAUGAGGGUGAUACACCCCAUGUUGGGUUGAUUUGUGAUCAGCUCCUCAUAAUUAUGUUGAAAUAAGUAUCUUUUUCUCAGCUAAAGUGCUUUUUUAAGCGUGUGCUCUGUUUAAGAGAGCCUCCUUAUAUUAAACACUUUAAGAGUGGUUUUAAUAUGCAGGAGACCCAUUUGAAUUUAUCUCAUUAUUAUAGUAUACUUGUAGUAUUGAAGCUUUAGUAUCAUUAUAUUAUAUGGAGCACAGUUAACUCUGUUGUGUAGGACUGGUCCAUCAUGCAACCUGAGACAAGAUGUACAAAAGUUAUAUGUAUGCACACGAUAUAAAUGAUCCCCUUUGAGGACUUCAGGGCCCUAAAGGAUAAAUGAGUGUAGUAUUUAAUUUUCAAAAGUUAUCCUCAAGCAUUUCAACACAACUACUUUUUAGCUGAUUGAUUAGGGAAAAUAAUAUAUCAAAGUUAAUGACAUGACAAAGUUAAAAAUGUAUAAAACCUGAACAAAGUUUACAGGAAUGUUAUCAAAGCUUCAAAUCAAGAACUCACUUUUGGUCAAAGAUUUAAAAGUUGCAUAAUAUACAUGGUUCAUAAAGCUGAUCUCUAACAUUCAGAUAUUUCCCCUCUUGUUCUGCUGCAGCUCAGCUCCAGCAGGUGAAGGAGAACCUGGUGAAGAGCAGCUCUCAGCUGAUCCCCACUGUGUACACUAACACAUGAGGUGAGCUGGAUCCAAGUCUUUGGUCUUGGCAUGGUUUAGCAUGGUUUGUGUUCCCUCCCUGUACUUUAGUGGAUCCUCUUUUCUCUGAUCUCUACCUCCUGCUCUCCACCUCCUUCCUGCUCAUUUCCAUCUCCUGCUGAGAGGAGAUCUCAGGUUUUACUGGCUGAAAGGUUCUGAUGCCUGAAGUGGAAAUCUCUGCUAACAAGAUCUGACCAAGUGUCUGCUCUCAGUGUAAAGUUAAUAAUGAAGUUUAUCAUGUUAAUGUUUGAAAGGAACAGUGAACAGCUUAUGAGUACUUUAAAAGACUACUAUUUGAUUGCUAACCUGUCAUCUUAACAUUAAUGUCUCCAAAUUUUACUCCUGACUCUACAUGCAGCUCUGCCCGGUGCGUUCCAGGGAGCGCUUCAUGGAGUCCUGACACUGAACCAGCUGGAUGAGGCCGUCAGGGACACGAUGCGCUGCGGGGGAUGCACCGCCAGCCGAGCCUCCUACAUAGGAGCCUGUUUUGGAGCUCAGGUAUGUGGCAGUAAACCAUUUAUAACCAUUACUGAUAGGACCUGAUCUUGGCAUUUUUAAUUGAUGCAGUAUUGGCAGUAUUAAUGUCAGCUGUCAUUGAGCACAACAUAUAGCAGAACAUACAGGUAACUUUGUGUAACUCAGCAUUCUGGUGGCACUAAAUUUAUAAACUCCAUCAGAAACUGAUGAACAGGACAUUGAUGUAGAUUUUCAGCCACUGCUUAAACUUAAAUGCACAAACACACACACACACACACACACACACGUACAAUCAGCCAGAUCAGAGUAUGCAACAACUGCUAUACAGUGGCUUAUGGUGGCUCUCCAGGGACAUGUGGCUCAAAGAGCUGAAAACAUAAACACAGUACCAUCUGUUGUUUUAGCAUCUGUAGCCCUGUGACUAAAAUGUUAGCAGAGUGGAAAUAUUUUACCCUAGAAAGCAAAAACAGUCCAACAACCAUUUGCGAUAUACGCAAUACAGCCUCUGUGAGAUGAUGCCAGCAACAGAGCAGCAGUCAAUACUGCCAAUUUAAUGCAUCAUCUAAAAACUAAUCAUACAACAGUUUCACAAAUGCAGUAGAGGAAAAGCUGACACAACAAACUCUGGACUUUGAAAGGAAUGUUAGGAAUAGAUAUCCUUGAGGGGUGAAAAGGCCAAAAAGUUACAGGGAAGAUGGUUGAAUACAUGGUCUAAAACAACUGGCCCAUCUCUAUGUUAGUGAAUGCAGGUUUUUGUCAUCUUUUGGGUCCAUAGUGUGUCCUAUCAUCUCAGUACUACAUGCCUUACAGUGGCAGUACUGCAGAGUUUGGGCUCUAUUUUCGUGUACGCUGGGGACGCGGCGGAGGGUAGCGGACCCCGCGCAGUGGUAUUUUCGUCUGGCGGAGCCCGGCGUACUGCCAGUUUGGUAUUUUCGUGGACUGAGGCCGUUGAGGUCCGCCAAGCUGGGCAUGGUGGCGUGGCAGGGUGAGGUGUCGACAGAAUCAGCUGGCACAGUGACAUUAUCGUGCUCGCCGCCGGCGUGUAAUGUACGCUGAAAGCUCGCCGAUUCAAACCUGGUCAGCUUUCAGCACAGGCGGAGCGCAGCUGGUCCAGUAGUAUUUUGGUCGACCGGCGGCGUAUUACGCAUACGUCACUGAUGCCUCACUAGCCACGUUUACAUGCAGACCUUUUUCUCAUUCGGAUUAUAAUCAUUCCGAUUGAAGCUCCCAGGCGAACUGUUUACAUGGAAGCGAUCUAUUCUGAUCUGGUGUUUACAUGUGCCACGGCAUUCAAUCGGAACAGCUAUUUACAGACACGUGAUACCUUCAAACAUCACGUGAUUGAUUGAUCACGUGAUCUCCGACGCAGACCAGUGCAUCGUGCUCUGCUUGGAAGCCGCCAUCAUGUUUCCAUGUGAGUCAUACGUCACUGCUUGUUUACAUCAGGACAGAGCAUGCGCAGACAGAACCCAGCCUGACAACUUUCCGAUUCACCGUUUACAUGACAGGAUUUUGCUUUUAAUCGGAAUGGGAAAAGGAAUAUUCUACCCCUGUGAAUCGGAAUGAAAUUCCAUUCGGAAUGGGCCUGUUUAUUCCGAAUGAGGUGUUUAUAUGGAGCAUUUUCAUUCCGAUUGGGCUUCUAAUCCGAUUAUAUUCGGAAUAUUUGGCUCCAUGUAAACGUAGCUACUGGCAGGUUUCCACAGUGUCAGGCACAUUUCAGUGCAAUAAAUAAUCAUCAACAACCAAUAUUCUGAGUCAGCACAUACAUUUAGAUCUAUAUAGAUAUAUUCUGAUCUAUAUCUGAUCUGAUGAGCGCGUUUGACACACGUUUGGACACACAACCUGACCGAAUUAACACAGCUGAAACCGCAUUAAAUUAAAUCAAAUAUCUAGUAAAUAGACACACAUAAUGAAAUUAACAAGAUAUGUAAUUCGUCUCCCUCCUUUUCUUUCUUCCUCUUCCUCUUAUUUCUCGUGCAGCUCGACCUGGACAUGUCUCUGUGUCCCUUUCCCCAUCCUGCUGCAGCUGCUGCUGUGGCGGCUGAACAGAUGAUUUAUUUCAGUGAUCAGAUGAGUUAUUUACUCUAAGCUCAGGAAUAUUAUAAUAUUCAAUUUUGUGAGCAAAAUUUAUUUUAUAUGCCAACAUCUAUGAAAGAAAGAGCCAGGCCACAGAGCGCGAUGCGUCAUUAUGCACAGAUGUUUCCGAUUUUAAUGCCAUUAUUGGAAUUAAUAUUGUGAUCUGUGCGCACAACCCACCUUUGUCAUGUGGGGUUUGAAUAUAUGCAACUUUAUGUGAGUGUCUUUAUUUGUGGAAAAGGAUGUUUGUCUUACCAGUGGGUCCAAACUUACACACACCAAAUCCAUCUGUGCUUAUUUGAGACAGUGUGAAGGACGCCCUCUGCAGCAUUUACACUUGUUGAGGGGCUGCCUUCUGUUGCCAUCGUGUGGCAUUACUGUCUUCAGACAUCUCUUGAUCUCUUUGGCUACUUCACGAAAAUUGUAAUACGCCUCGCCGGUGGCUGAUUUAAAGGCAAGGAGAGGAGCUGAUGUUAUUGGUCAAUUCAGGUCUCGGCUGUGUUAAACCCACUCCACACCCUCUCUCCUCUCUCGCUCCGACUUACGCCACUAGGAGGAGCUGAGUUAGGGAGGGGGAAUACUUACGCCGGGCUGCACCGCUCACCAAAAUACCAAAUUGUGCUUGGGAACGCCUUGUCGGCGCAGCGAACCUGCGCCGCGUCUCUGGCGAGGCACGAAAAUAGAGCCCUAACUGUUAAUGCCUGAGAUUGGUGUGAGGGGUUGGGUGUCAACCUCACAGCUGUAGAAACAUCCUUGUUACUAAAAUCUCCUUUUAAAAUAUUCACAAUGCAGGAUCCACUUGACUGUCAAAGUCAGCAUGAUGAGGUUUUUGUCAAAGAUUGCUACUCAAGUAUGUAAAGGACAAAAUAAAGAAAGUCUGCUUUGUCUAUGGGGAGUGCCAAAAUCAUCACAAACGGAAAGUUCCCGAGGGGAGCAAAAAACAGCGCUAUGCAGCUUUACUAUCGAGGCUAAGUAUCUGAUGAAGCCUGUGUAUUCUACCAUUAAUUACUCAAUAUCACAAUCCAAAUCAGUCUCAGAUUUAGCCAAUUAUGUGUAACACACAAGGAAUUUGACUUCACUAAACUUCGCCUUCUAUGGACAAACAUAAAACAUGAAAUGUUACAAAAACUACGAGUAUGUAUAAAUCAAACUAGACAUUUAACAUACAUAUACAAUCCAAUAGUGCAAUGGUGAGGGUGCAGCGAAGUGAAGAGUGUUUGAGAAAAUAAAUGUACAUGUCAUUAUAUUACAGGUGGGUUUUGUCUACAUGAGGUUAUAUUUUAACAGUAUUAACAUUAAAUAAAGAUAUUAGGUACUGGUGCGCAGAGGUCUGUGUCCGAUGUUAUUUAUUUGUUAUUUAUUUGUUAUUUAUUUGAUUCAUUCAGGGUAUCAGUAGCAGAUGUAACUUACAUUCUGAACUCCUGAAAGGCUUGUAUCUCUGUGAGUUUUUCAGCUGGUUGUCCUCUUUUGUCGUUCAGACCGGUCUGCAGGGAAUCCCAGACUCAUGGAAAGAGAGGACGUUGAGGUUUCCUCGGCUGCUGGAGCUCACCAAAACCAUGGUCCAGAAAAUUCCACAAUAGUAGUUCAGCCUCAUUUUUGCCCUAAAUACAAAUGUUUUAUGAAGUAUUCAUAGAGUGUGCAUAAAGAUGUAUUUUUAGGGGCUGUUCUUCGUCUGCAGCUGUACUUUGACAUGACAGUAUAUGACAGUCUCAUUCUCAAGUCUCACACUGAAUGAAACUUGAAUCCUUUUGUUCUGUUAGAGCUGCAUCAUGUAGAGAAAAUCGAGUAAUAAUGUGGUGUUGAAAACAUCAAAUAUAUUUAUCCUCAGUUUCUGCAGUGAGUUACUUAAAUAAAGAACUUUUACGUCACUAA